AUGUUUAAAAAUGGUAUGUUUUAUUUUCUUCAUUAUGAUUCACUUCGUCAACGUUUAUUUGGUUUACGUGAUUAUAAUUUAUUUACACUUGUCAUAGAAGAAUAUAAUCUCACGACAUUACAUCCGAUGAGAGAAUAUACAAGACGAAAUGCUAAGAAAUAUGCAUAUGCUUUUCAUCAGUGUUCAAUAUUUGACUAUGAAGAAAAUUGGACUGUUGAAGGUCGAACACGUUUAGAAAACGCAAAUAUUAAUGCAUAUUAUCUUAAAAUGGAUUUAAAUCUCGUUGGUAAUAAAACAGAUAUUGUUACAGAAUUUUGUCUAUCACCGGAUAUUCAUAAUCUUUGUACAAUAACGAAUGAUACUGAAAACAAACUAGCACUUGUUGCAUGA